AUGAACAAUCAGGCGUCGCCAAAAAACCACAUCGAGCCAUGGAAACUUACGGCUUCUGAAGCUCUUGGGAAGAUCCAGGCGGAUGAGAUGUCAGUUCAAGAGUAUGCCGAGUCUUUACUUGAAAGAAUCAAGGCACGCGAUGAAGACGUCAAAGCUUGGGCAUACCUGGACGAGAAGAGGGUCCUGCAGGAAGCAAUACGUCUAGAUGGGAUCCCUAAGAACAAUAGAGGACCUCUCCAUGGACUUCCAAUCGCUGUGAAGGAUGUCAUUUACACCAAAGACAUGCCUACUCAGUUCAACUCGCCACUAUAUGAUGGCCAUUUCCCUGAGGCAGAUGCUGCUUCCGUACGAAUCCUUCGCCAUGCUGGUGCCCUCAUCUUCGGCAAAACAACUACAACCGAAUUCGCUGCCAUCCAUGUCGGCCCCAAAACUCAUAACCCUCAUGACCCCCUACGCACUCCGGGCGGAUCUUCUAGCGGCUCCGGAGCUGCUGUUGCCGAUUUCCAAGCUCCUAUGGCCCUUGGCACACAGACAGGCGGAUCCAUGAUUCGUCCGGCCUCGUUCAAUGGCAUAUAUGGGUUCAAACCAACCUGGAACUCCGUCUCUCGCGAGGGCCAGAAAAUAUACGCUCUGAUGUAUGAUACUCUUGGAUGGUAUGGGCGGUGUGUUGGCGACCUCGUCCUUCUGGCCGACAUCUUCGAGCUCCGGGAUGACAAGGAUGAAGAGCAUGCUUUCAAAGGCAUCGAAGGAGCACGCUUCGCGAUUUGCAAGACAGCUGUCUGGCCCGAGGCUGGUCCUGGGACCCAAGACGCUCUCGCCCGCGCUGCAGAUCUUCUCAGAUCUCACGGGGCAGAGGUUGAGGAAAUUGGCCUGCCUGAGGAGUUCAAUGACGUACCAGAGUGGUAUCGCAUUGGGCUUCACACCGAGGGUCGUACUUCUUUCCUAGCCGAGUAUAGAGUUGGAAGAGACCAAAUCGGCCAAGUCUUGAUUGAGCACGUCAAGAACUCCAACAAUUUCACUCGCAAGACGCAACUGAUGGCUAGCGACAAAUUAGCUGCCAUGAGGCCUGUCUUCGACUGUAUUGCCUCGCAGUAUGCAGCUAUCAUCACGCCGAGUGUACCGGAUGAGGCCCCCGGCCUUCAUGUCCCAGUUCUGAAUGUACCUGGCUUUAAGGGUGACCACGGCAUGCCCAUCGGCCUCUCCCUCGUCGCACCACGAUAUCGCGACCGUCACCUCUUGGAGGUUGGCAAGACGGUCGGUAAAAUCUUCGAAGCCGAAGGCGGUUGGGAGACCAAGAUUCAGUCAUAG